AUGGACCAACUUCAGUUCGACGAUGCAACCAAGAAAGAGCUCGCCUCCUUUCUGGAGCGCGAACAGGCUCAUGCUCGUGUCAACGAUUCCAUCCGAAACUUGACUGGCAUGUGCUGGGACAAGUGCAUCACGAGCACUCCGGGAAGUCGUUUCGCUCGUGGUGAAGAAAGCUGUCUGUCCAAUUGUGUAGAGCGCUUCUUGGACACCAGCAUCUACAUCGUCACCCAGGUGCAACGGCAGCAACAACAGCUGCUACAGGCACAGGGCGACUCUUGA